AAUUGUGCGACAGCGAUGACGCAUUUAACGUCGCAGAGAAAAUGACCCAAGCAGAGUUCGAAAGUGUUUUUAGAACAUUUUGCUGAUGAGCUCCUCUACAUAGAAAUCCUCAGAUAGAAGUGGGAUAACUAUCAAACCAAAGACCGUUUUGAGCAAAGCCGAAUGCAUGAGCACAACAUACAAGCGAGCACAUCCAGGACAGGACUGAAGGGAGGACACAGCAGUAAAGUUGACGGUCCGCUUUCCUGACUUGCCAGUGCCUCAGCACAGAGAUGGCUCCUCGAGUGGAUGACAUCAUGCGUCUGUGCUGCGAACUAUCAGCUCAUGAUCAGAUCAAGGUCGCGGUGAAAAACUCCACCAAAGGAGCAGUGGUGGCAGGAGGAACUGCCUUUGUAGGCGGGCUGCUCUGUGGACCUCCAGGGAUUGCUGUUGGUGGAGCUGUAGGCGGGCUCUUGGGCAGCUGGCUGACCAGUGGUCAGUUCAGGCCUCUGCCUCAGAUCCUGAUGGAGCUGCCACCUAACCAGCGACAGAAGCUCUAUAAUGACAUCAUGGCAAUCUUAGGAAACCUGGACUGGAUGGAUGCAGCUCAGCUCAUUGCCCUAGUUAUGGGCAACGCCACUCUACAACAGCAGGUCACUGCCGCGCUGCUUAACUACGUCACCAAGGAACUCAGAGCAGAGGUGCGUUAUCAGGACUGAAUUAUGAUUACAAAAAGACUUUUCGGGAUGGUCAGGUCUGCAAAACACAACCAGAAUCCUCUACAACAUAUUUUUGUACUUGACUGUCAUGAGUGUGUCAAACUGCACAGGUAGCCUUGUUUUAUCUUCAGAGUGCCUAUCCCAACAACAAAGAAAUUAUUGGCCUUUGUGAAGGUUAUAACAUGAUCAUUUUGGAGGCUGCAGUUUGUGGUGUACUGCAUUAUAUGGACAGCUGUUUCUAUUAUUUUGACCACUUCAUCAUUAAGUGCAGUGUGGUCUGUUUUUUUUUGUUUUUGUUAUCAAAUUUUUAAAAAGCCAAUGGGAUUUUCUAAUUGGCUUUUUGAUUAUUGCAGAAAAUAUCAUUAAAAAAAGUUUAUGAUACUUUUUAUGAACAUUUAGUUCAUCAGAUAAUCUUCACAGAUGAACACGACAUGAUGUUUGGAGCCCAAAUACAAUCUCCAGAAGUAAAAAGCUAAUGUUAGGCUAUAAACCAACUACACCACGGUCACAUCUCCACCACUGAGCUUCUAACUUGUCAUUUAAUUUAGCUCUGACCUCUUCUACAAAAGCCUUUCUUCUUAAAAAGUUAGUGAUAGUUUGAAAGAGUGUGAGUAUAAACACAAUGAGGCUGUAAAGGUGGACUGGUGAGUAGAUCAGUUUUCAUGUUAACGUCCCCGACAACCUCUGUAGUCUCAUUAGACACUCGUUAGCAACCACCUUUUUUAAGACACAUAAAAGCUUCAAACAUCAGGAGUGGGGGGUUUACUGAUGGAUUUUAUGUUAAAGAAUAAAACGUGAAAAUGUCUCGUGUUAACCACAGACUACACCCUCCAAAGUUAUCAUACAGUUGAAUCAACACACCUCUAAAACAAUUUCAAUAAAAACUGAACAUUAUAACCUUCAUGAAGAGAGUAUUUAUUGUUGGACUGCUGUGUUAGACUACAUUAGUUUUAGGUAGGAGUUCCUAAUAAACUGGCAAGCAUGAAAUACAGUAUCACUGUGGGAUUUUCUGUGGUGACUGAACAAGAGCAUUUGAAGGGUUCUGUAAUUUUUUUGUCGUAAAUUUUCAUCACUGCAUAAACAAUAAUAUAUAUUACAGUCACCACAGAAACUUGUCUGUGUUACUCAAUAAUGAAUUAAUUGUAAACACAAAUGAUGUUUUGUAUUGACUGCUGCCAGGGUCAUUUUUCUUCUCUGCUUUAUUAAGCUAAAUUAUUGUGCCAUGGGAGCUCUGCAUAUUCUUGUUUCUCAGAAAGACUGAAAUCUCUUAAAGUAAAAAUUGACAAAAGUAGGAUCCAGAGACGGGAUUCAAUCGUCUUUGGCAUCAACAAGUCAAAUUUACCCGCUUCUACCCUGACCGUGAUUGGCUAAACCCUCGUCGUAAAAAAUCAAGUUUUAUCAACAUUAAACUUUUGGUUUUACGAAAUGUUGAUGGUGUGAUCUCAACAACAGAUAACUUACCUCCAGUCAAUGCAAUAACCGGGAACAGCGGGAGCAGCCGGGGAUGAGUCGUUCUCCACCCGGCUCUGUCAAGUGUGUAGCGUCGGUUAGCAUCACAGCUAGGCUAACGGUAGCGGUUAGCAUAACAAGUGAUUAGCCAAUCAUAGGCAGGGUAAUGGCAGGUAAAAUAACGCUUCUUCAACGUGUGUUGUGCAAUUCCCAUGGAUGUACUGUCCAUUAGCCACUCCUGCUCUUCCUUGAGGACCCGGAUGUUCGCCACAGAAAACGAAAUUUUAGUUUUUUAAGAACUAAUUUUUUUGAGAACUGAAAUUGAAAUGCAAGAACUGAAUUUUACAUUCUGAUUUAAGUUUAUUGGAAUUAAGUUACAAACUAAUAUGUAAUUUAAUUUUAAUGCAGUUAAAUACAUUUUCAAAUUUUGUGAUUCAAAUUCACUUUCUAGAGACACAUAUUUCAGUCCAUAGAGUUUCAGGUACAGUGGUUUUUAUUAGUCAUGUGGAACAUAUGUAAUUAUACAGUGUAAUCAAUGUUUUUUCCAAUAAGAGGCAAGCAAUAUGUUUUAAUUUGUUUUUAUUUGUAAAAACAAUUUUUGGAUGUGGAUAAUGAAACAACAUUUCAUACACAUUAAAUAGCAAUAACAUUUCCA